CCUGCAGACACCGAUCUACCUUCUCAGUGCGAUUGCGGAAAUCUUUUGUUUCAUGACUGGGACGGAAUAUGCUUACAACCAAGCCCCGAAGACGAGGAAAUCGCUAGCUCAAUCGGUGUGGAUGGCCUCGGCUGGGCUUGGGGCGUGCCUGGCCAUGGCAUUUACGCCCAUCACCAAGGACCCUCAUCUAGUUAUCAUGUAUUCGUCGUUGGCGGGCGUCAUGGCCGUGACAACAGUUCCGUUCGGAGUAUUCUUUGGAAAGCACGAUUGGGAGAAGACCGUCCUUCUGUGAGUCGAACCACAGAAGUGGUUUGGGA